CGACCUCCUCGUCCACUACAGGCUCCACGUUCUCGUCUUCACGCUACGACCUCAAGACACGUCUAGGUACACUAAGAAUCCUCACGACCGCGUCAAGAUAUGGAACGCUACUCGAAGAUUGAGAAAGUUGGUGAGGGAACCUACGGAGUCGUUUACAAGGCUCGGGACAUCAACACAAACAGGGUCGUGGCGCUUAAGAAGAUUAGAUUGGAAGCCGAAGACGAAGGUGUUCCCAGUACGGCCAUCCGGGAAAUCAGCCUUCUCAAAGAGCUUAAGGACGACAACGUGGUUCGGCUCCUCGACAUCGUCCACGCCGAUCAGAAGCUCUACCUUGUCUUCGAGUUCCUCGAUGUCGACUUGAAGAGAUACAUGGAGAACGGCAACAAGUCUGGCCGUCCCAUCACCCCGGACAUUGUCAAGAAAUUUACGCAUCAACUCACAUCAGGCCUGCUCUAUUGCCAUUCCCAUCGCAUCCUCCACCGCGACCUCAAGCCCCAAAACCUGCUGAUCGAUAAGGACGACAACCUCAAGCUCGCCGACUUCGGUCUCGCACGCGCCUUCGGUAUCCCAAUGAGGACAUACACUCACGAAGUCGUCACGUUGUGGUACCGCGCUCCCGAGGUCCUGCUCGGCUCGCGACACUACUCCACGGCUAUCGACAUGUGGUCCGUUGGGUGCAUAUUCGCCGAGAUGUGCAUGCGCGGCCAUCCGCUCUUCCCCGGUGACUCGGAGAUUGACCAGAUCUUCAAGAUCUUCAGGGUACUUGGCACACCUAACGAAGAGAUCUGGCCGGGGGUUCACCAGCUGCCGGACUACAAACCGUCGUUCCCGCAUUGGUCAGCGCAGGACCUCCGCGAGCACGUUACGACAUUAGACAGCGAGGGCAUCGACCUCUUGAAGCUGAUGUUGACGUACGACACCGCCAAGCGUAUCUCCGCCAAGCGUGCCCUUAUCCACCCCUACUUCAGCGACUUCGCCGCCGCCUGACACCUCGACCCCCAGCCACCCCUGAUCCCCGAUACAUUUCGCUAUGCUACUCUGCCCGGUCCCAUCUGGUCUCGCUCUUGUGCCUGUCGUUUGUUACUUCAAGGUUCCCCUGUCCUUGUUCACAUUCUCGUUCACGUUCACGUCCUCAUGCAUCUCUCAAUCCUCUCGUCAAGCAAUGUUGUUCGACUCACACACACCCAUACACCUCAUACACUAUAUUGUACUGCCCUAAACCUUGUGUGUUUCUACGCCACGACCCCGUCGCCCUCCGUCUCUCUCACGUCCCGCACGCCGCCCUCUCUCGACUCGGCAUCCACGUUUCCUGUCACGUUCCCCGUGUGUUUUCCCACGUUGUCAUGUUUACGAACGCGUCGAUAUCCGCUCGCUCAGCCGCUUGAUGACCCCCAAUGUCCGCCCGCUCGCCGCCUGAUGACCAUGUCCGUUUGCCCUUCGAUGAUAGUCCCCUCCAUUUACCCUCGCUACCCUUCACCCUCUCCC